AUGGUUUCUACAAUUGGUUGGACAGUCGAGGACUGGAAAAACGCACAUUACAACUCAACGCCAAAUGAGUCACUUAAGUUAUUGGUCGACCUCCUCAAAUCACAGAAAACUGCCCCAGAAGACCCUGCGUGGAUCUCAUUAGCUACAGUCGACGACUUAACCCACCAAUGGAACUUUUUACAAUCAAAAGCCAAUAAAACAUCACUCCCAUUAUACGGGGUCCCAAUAGCCGUUAAGGACAACAUUGACGCUAAAGGAUUUGAAACAACUGCAGCAUGUCCUUCGUUCGCGUACAAGCCCGAAAAGGAUGCCACAACUGUCAAAUUAUUAAGAGAAGCCGGUGCAAUCAUACUAGGCAAAACAAAUUUAGACCAAUUUGCUACUGGUUUGGUUGGUACUAGAUCCCCAUAUGGCAUAACUCCAAACACUUUCAACAAAGAGUAUGUAAGCGGUGGCUCAUCAGCCGGCUCUGCUUCGGUUGUUGCUAGAGGAAUUGUACCUAUUUCAUUGGGUACAGAUACUGCGGGUUCAGGUAGAGUACCAGCAGCAUUAAACAACAUCAUUGGAUUGAAGCCAACAAAAGGUGUAUUUUCAUGCAGUGGAGUAGUCCCAGCGUGCAAAUCGUUGGAUUGUGUCUCCAUUUUCUCAACUAAUUUACAAGAUGCUCAAGUAGCGUUUGAAAUCAUGGCCAAAGAGGAUGGUGAAAAUGAUGAGUAUUCCAGGGAAAUGCCAGCCAAUCCCUUAUUAAAGUUUUCCAAAAAACCAAGACUCGUUGUGCCUACUAACUUGAUAUGGUGCGGUGAGACUGAAAAUCCGGAAUUAUACAACAAAGCAGUUGAGAUCUUUGCUGACAACGUUGGAGCCGAAUUGGUUUCAUUGGACAUUGAGCCAUUACUUGAGUUGGCCAGGUGUUUGUACGAGGGUCCUUGGGUAACGGAAAGAUUUGUUGCAGUACGAGACUUUUUAGCAACCAACCCACCCACAAAGGACUUGGAUCCAACUGUUCUCAAAAUUGUCAAAGGUGGAGAAAACUAUUCCGCUGCUCAAUGUUUUGAAUUCGAAUACAAGAGACAAAGAAUAUUGCAAAAGGUGAAAAGAUUGUUGAAGAACAUUGAUGCAAUCAUUGUGCCAACUGCUCCUUUGAAUCCAAAAAUCAAAGAUGUUCUUGCUGAACCAAUUAGAGUCAACUCGUGUCAAGGAACCUACACAAACUUUGUCAACUUGGCUGAUUUGUCAGGAUUAGCUAUUCCAGCCGGGUUUAGAAAAGAUGGCCAGCCAUUUGGUAUUACUUUGUUGUCACAUAAAUUCAACGAUUAUGCAUUAUUAGAUUUGGCAAGUCGAUACAUGGAAUCGUACACCAAAACAGUGCCAUUUUUCUACGGUGCUUUGAAAGAUAAGUUGAUCGAGUCAUCAAUUUCUGAUGAGUUACUCCCAAGUAUUCCAAAAACCAUUCCUACAGAGCAAGUAAAGUUGGCAGUGGUAGGUGCACAUUUGAAGGGAUUCCAAUUACACUGGCAAUUGGAGAAAGUUGAUGCUAGAUUUGUUGAAUCAACAACAACCUCCAAAAACUAUAAGCUUUAUGCUUUGCCAAAAACAGGCCCAGUUGCAAAGCCUGGUUUAAGAAGAGUUUCCGAAAAUGUAUCUCACAUCGCCGUUGAAGUUUACACCAUACCGAAAGAAAACUUUGGAACUUUUAUCAAUUUCGUUCCUGAACCGUUGGGUAUUGGAUCCGCUGAGUUGGCAUCUGGAGAAUGGGUAAAAUCAUUUAUUUGUGAAGAAGCUGGUUACAAUGCUCCUGGAACAGUUGAUAUUUCUAUUCAUGGAGGAUGGAAAAACUAUCAAGAACAUCUCGCUACUGAAGCCAAAAAAUACAAAAAACCAUUCAAUUCGGUCUUGGUUGCAAACAGAGGUGAAAUUGCCGUUCGUAUAAUCAAAACAUUGAAGAAACUAGGCGUCAAGUCUAUUGCCAUAUACUCAGACCCUGACAAGUAUGCUGAACAUGUCACAAGUGCUGAUGUUGCAGUCCCAUUGCAUGGUACAACUGCAGCACAAACAUACAUUGAUAUUGACAAGGUUAUAAACGCAGCUAAGCAGACCGGCGCCGAAGCUAUCAUCCCAGGGUACGGUUUCUUGUCAGAAAACGCUGACUUUUCUGACCGUUGUGGCAAAGAGGGCAUUGUCUUUGUUGGUCCAUCUGGUGAUGCUAUUAGAAAGUUGGGAUUGAAGCAUUCAGCUCGUGAAAUUGCCGAGAAAGCUGGUGUACCUUUGGUUCCUGGUUCUGGAUUGGUUAAAGAUGCCAAGGAAGCUAGAGAAAUUGCUGCCAAAUUGGAGUACCCAGUCAUGGUUAAAUCAACUGCAGGAGGUGGUGGUAUUGGUUUGCAAAAAGUUGACUCCGAAAAUGACAUUGAAAGGGUCUUUGAAACUGUCCAACACCAAGGUUUGUCAUAUUUCGGUGAUUCCGGAGUAUUCCUUGAACGUUUUGUUGAAAAUGCUAGGCACGUGGAAAUCCAAAUGUUGGGUGAUGGGUACGGCAAAGCCAUUGCUGUUGGUGAAAGAGAUUGCUCCUUGCAAAGAAGAAACCAAAAGAUUAUAGAGGAGACCCCAGCUCCAAAUUUGCCUGAAGCUACACGUCAAAGAAUGAGAAAAGCAGCUGAAAGUUUGGGUGCCUCAUUGAAUUACAAGUGUGCUGGUACUGUUGAAUACAUCUACGACCCAAAGAGAGAUGAGUUUUACUUCCUUGAAGUUAAUGCUAGAUUGCAAGUUGAACAUCCAAUUACUGAAAUGGUGACAGGCUUGGACUUGGUUGAAUGGAUGCUUUUGAUUGCCGCAGAUACGCCACCUGAUUUCAGUCAAAAAGUUGAAGUCAAGGGAGCUUCGAUGGAAGCUAGAUUAUAUGCUGAAAACCCAGCAAAGGGAUUCAAACCAUCACCAGGUCAAUUAACUGAAGUCAAGUUCCCCAAGUGGGCUAGAGUUGAUACUUGGGUUGAAAAAGGUACUGUCGUUUCAGCUGAAUACGACCCAACAUUGGCAAAGAUUAUCGUUCAUGGAAAGGAUAGAAACGAUGCGUUGAAGAAGUUGCGUCAAGCUUUGGAUGAAACUGUUGUUUAUGGAUGUAUCACCAACGUUGAUUACCUUCGUUCGAUUGCCAACUCCAAGAUGUUUGAAGAGGCCAAGGUGGCUACAAAAGUGUUGGAUACUUAUGAAUACAAGCCACAUGCUUUUGAAAUUCUUAGUCCUGGUGCUUACACUACCGUUCAAGAUUAUCCAGGUAGAAGAGGAUACUGGCAUAUCGGGGUUCCACCCUCAGGAUGUAUGGAUCAAUACUCAUUCAGACUCGCUAAUAGAAUAGUUGGUAAUGACAGUACUGCACCUGGUUUGGAAAUCACACUCAAUGGACCAAAAAUCUUGUUCCACCAAGAAUGUGUUGUUGCUGUUACUGGAGGACAAGCACCAGUUGAGGUCAAUGGCAAACAAGCUUCACAAUGGGAGCCAAUUGAAAUCAAGAGCGGCGACACUUUAUCAAUCGGUAAGUUGACAACCGGUUGCCGUGCUUACUUGGCCAUCAGAGGCGGUGUUGAUGUUGUUGAGUACUUGGGCUCAAGAUCCACAUUUGCAUUGGGUAAUUUGGGAGGUUACAAUGGAAGGGUUUUGAAAUUUGGAGAUGUGUUGUUUUUGGGACAACCAGAAAUAUCCAGUUGCACAUUGGCUCCGCCAGUCUCUAAUCCAACGUCAAUCCCAUCUUCACUCAUUCCCAACUAUGAUAAUAAAGUUUGGCAAAUUGGUGUUACUUGUGGUCCUCAUGGGUCGCCAGAUUUCUUCAAGCCAGAAUCAGUUGCUGAAUUCUUUUCAUCAACUUGGAAAGUUCACUACAACUCAAAUAGAUUUGGUGUUAGAUUGAUUGGACCAAAGCCAAAGUGGGCCAGAUCUGAUGGUGGCGAGGCUGGUUUACACCCUUCAAACGCUCAUGAUUAUGUUUAUUCCAUGGGUGCAGUGAACUUUACUGGUGAUGAACCGGUUGUUUUGACCUGUGACGGUCCAAGUUUGGGAGGAUUUGUUUGUGAGGCAGUCGUUGCCGAAGCCGAAUUGUGGAAGAUUGGUCAAGUUAAGCCUGGUGAAUCAAUUCAGUUUAUUCCAAUCACAUAUGACUCUGCUAAACAGUUGAAACGUCAACAAGAUUCGGGUAUUGAAUUUUUGAAAGGAGAAUUGGGAGACGUUGAAAGUUUUGGAUUGGUGCAUCCAGAAACUCCUGUUCUUUGUCAAAUUCAAGUGUCUGAAACCUCACCAAAAAUUACUUAUCGUCAAGCUGGUGACAGAUAUAUUCUUGUUGAAUAUGGUGAAAACAUCUUGGAUUUGAAUAAAGCUUACAGAAUCCACAAGUUGGUUGAAAUGGUUAAAGAAUACAGGCCAAAGGGGAUCUAUGAAUUGUCACCUGGUGUCAGAUCAGUUUUGGUUGAAUUUACCGAUGAAGUUACCCAAAAGGAAGCAUUGGACAUUCUUGUUGCUUAUGAAAAGGAAAUGGUCUUUGUCAACAAGUGGAAAGUCAAGUCCAGAGUUGUUAGGUUGCCAAUGGCGUUUGAAGAUCAAAAGACUUUGGAUGCAGUUAAAAGAUAUGAAGAAACAAUUAGAAGCGAGGCUCCUUGGUUGCCAAACAAUGUUGAUUUCAUCGCCAAUAUCAAUGGAAUCACUAGACAUGACGUUAAGGAUAUGUUGUACACUGCUCGUUUCUUGGUUUUGGGAUUGGGUGAUGUUUUCCUUGGUGCACCAUGUGCCGUGCCAUUAGAUCCAAGACACAGAUUGUUGGGAACCAAGUACAACCCCUCAAGAACCUACACACCCAAUGGUACUGUUGGUAUUGGUGGUAACUACAUGUGUAUCUAUACCAUGGAAUCACCAGGUGGAUACCAAUUAGUUGGUAGAACCGUACCAAUUUGGGACAAAUUAACGCUUGGUGAGCACUCCACUGAAAAGCCAUGGUUGUUGUCUCCAUUUGACCAAAUUGAGUUUUACCCAGUUAGUGAAGCAGAGAUUGACAAGUUUUCCGAGGAAAUGAAUGUGGGAAGAUUCAAAGUUGACAUUAUUGAAUCCGUUUUUGAUCACGGUCAAUACUUGCAAUGGAUCCAAGCAAACUCUGAGUCUAUUGAACAGUUUAAACAAUCACAGGGUGGUGAAAAGUUGGAAGAGUUUAACAGAUUGAUUCAAAUUUCAAAUAGUGAAUUGGAACAAAAUGGAGCCAAGGUACAAGAGGAUGAAAAGUUUAAUGAGAAUGCCGAAAUGGUUUAUUCGGAAUACUCUGGUAGAUUCUGGAAAAGUCUUGUUAGUGUUGGUGAUAAAGUUGCCAAAGAUCAGCCAUUGAUUGUCGUUGAAGCCAUGAAAACGGAGAUGAUGGUUAAUGCUCCAAAGGGAGGGGAGGUUGUCAAGAUAUAUCACAAGAAUGGUGAUAUGGUUGAUGCAGGUGAUUUGGUUGUUGUUAUAGAAUAG